AUGCUCCUCCCAAGCAUAUUUGCGGGCGAUGCCCCUCAAUCCCCUCCUACUUGGCCCAUCCCCUAUCCACGAGCUGGCCCCGCAUCACCGCCGAUCCGGGCCGGGAAAGUCUCGAUCUACGCAAUAGCAUAUCGAUCUAAAUUCCGCCCUUGCCUAUGGCGGCAACAAAACACGCACGUUGGAAUAGCUCGUAGCCGAAGGGCAUGCCCAAGGUUGUGCCACUCUCGUCAGCAACGGUGGCGUCCAGUGCAAACACAACCAGACAAGCGGACUGCUGGGGCGGCCCGUCUCGUCCAGGGGCAUUGGGUUGAGUGGGAAGAAACCCAGGCUACGAGACGGUAG